AUGGGCGAACCCGACUCGUUACCGGAGAAUCUCCACUCUGUCGGUGUCAAACCUAUUAUCGAUGGCCAGAUAUUUAAAGUCGAGGGUGCUACUCUCGUCAGUCAUUAUACCCCGGGUCACACCGACGAUCACAUGGUAUUCUGGCUCGAGGAGGAAGAGGCUCUUUUCAGUGCUGAUAAUGUUCUAGGCGGCAGCACUACUGUCUUUUCCGAUCUCAAAGUAUAUCUUGAAACACUCAAUAAAAUGGCCAAAAUCGGGAAUGGCAAAUUGGGUAAGAUAUACCCAGGUCAUGGACCAGUGAUCUAUGACGGACCCCAGGUCAUUAAAGAUUAUAUCAGUCAUCGAAAAGCACGCGAAGACCAGAUUCUCGAGCUGCUCAAUGGGUCGUCUGAACCCCUUUCACUAUCAGAUAUCGCUGCCGAGCUAUAUAAAGACAUUUCUGCCGAGGCCAGUGCCUACAUUGAACGAGGAGUGCUCCUCCACUUGGACAAACUGUUGCAAGAGAACAGGGCAUUCAAAGACCCCGACAGCGGUGAGUGGACCUCGCUGUCCCGUGCCAAAUUAUGA